CUAGUUUCCACGAGCUCACACCUUUUAUCCUUUUGUGAUUUGUGAUUAAUUAGGUGCAAAAAGAAACAAACAAAAGCAAUAGAGAAUGCGCUUGGCAUCGGCGUAGUAUAAAUAUUAAUUGGUGAGCUCACGCCCCGUCGUCACCGAACUUGUUUUUCUUGAAUCUAAUCCCAAGCAAUAGUGUACCCCAGUACUAGUUUUCGCCAUGAGCUCUCAGGUGUGUGUACUCAACACCAGCCAUGUCCAUCCCGUGCAAACCGACGACCUGUCGCCGCCGUGCCACGGCGAGCAGAAGCUGUCCUUCUUGGACCUGCUGCAGAUCUCCAAGACAAUCCAGCGGCUGUUCUUCUUCGACGGCCCCGACCUCCCGCCGUUCCCGUCGGUCGUGAGCGCGCUGCGGUCUUCCCUCGCAGCAACUCUCGCAGUCUUCCUCCCCCUCGCCGGCAAUCUCGCCUUGCGCCCCGCCUCUGGCGACGUCGUCCUCGACUUCUCCCCCGCCGCCGUCUCCUCGGGGGUCAAGUUCGUCGAGGCCGAGUUCUCCGGCGGCGCCGACGGCAUGCGCCGCCUGGCCAGAGACGCCGAGCACGACACGCAGGCGUUCGUGCAGCUCGUCCCGGAUCUCGAGGCGACGCAGCUUCCCGCCCCGGUUCUCGCCGUGCAGGUCACAAGGCCCGCCGGCGCCGGCGGGGGCGGCGGCGCCGUGGCGGUUGGCGUGUCGAUCCGGCACGCGGUGGCAGACGGCCAGGCCGUGUGGCGGUUCCUGAGGGCGUGGUCAAAGGCGUCGCGGGAGGGCUCCGCCUCCCUCGCGGCGCCUGGCUUCGUGCAGCCGACGUUUGACCGGGCCGGCAUUCGGCACCCCAAGGCUGCCGAGAUGGCCCGCACGGUACUGAGCUUGGUCGCGCCGGCGCUGCCCCUGCUCAGGUCUGCUUCAUCCAAACCGGAGAUCAUGAAGCAGAGCAGAAGAACCUUCCUGCUCCGCGCCGACGAGAUCCGGUCCCUGAAGCAGCACAUCCUCGAACAGAGCAGAGCAGUCAACGGCGGCGAACCGUGCAAACCGCCGAGCACCUACGUGGCCAUCUCGUCCCUGGCGUGGACGUCCGUCGUUCGUGCAAAGCCCUCCAUCCACGACGCCGACGACGUCCAGCUCAUGAUCAGCGCGGACUGCCGCAACCGCAUACGCCCGCCGCUCGGGGACGCCUUCUUCGGGACCUGCGUCAAGCCGUGCUUCGCGCGGGCGCGCGCGGGCGACCUGCGGCGCGGCGAGGGCGGGGGCGGCGGCGUCGCGCUCGCGCGCGCCGCCGCGGCCAUCCAGGACGCGAUCCGCGCGCACCUGGAGGAGCUCGGGGGCGAUCCGCUGUCGGACGCCGAGAGCUGGACGGCGGCCUACCGCGCCGUCCCGCAGGAGAGGUUCGUGGCCGUGGGGUCGUCGAACCGGUUCAUGGCGUACGAGACGGACUUUGGGUGGGGCGCGCCGACCCGCGUCGAGCUGGUGUCCCUGUUCGUGCGGCAGAUGGUGACGCUGCUUGGCGCGAACGACGGCGGCGUACAGGUGUCGGUGGCGCUCGACGACGCGGAGGCGAUGGAGGCCUUCGCGGCCAGCUUCGUCGUCCCGGUUUCCCUUGUAUUUCCUGCGGCGGCAGGUGAUUAACCUGACCUGCUUUGUUCUGCAUUUGCUCCGCCGCCAACUCGGAGCUCAACCAUCAUUUUCCCUCACAUGGUGCGGUAAAUUUUCAGCCUUAAAAUUCAUGGCUGGGAUGCUGAUUUAUUAAAAGAGAAAAAUACACAUAGGCCUUGUUUAGUUUCAAAAUUUU